CUGAGCUCCAGCAGAGGGCUCCCCUCUCCAUGAUCUCCCUGGCCGGAGGGGCUCCCAACCCCAACACCUUCCCCUUCCAGUCCUGCUCCAUCCAGGUGAAGAAUGGGGACACGCUUAUCUUCAACGAGACCAUGAUGAAGAGGGCUCUGCAGUACUUGGCCUCCAGCGGGUGAGUCAGUGACUGAGGAAACAUUGGGUGCGUCCGAAAUGACACCCGAUUCCCUAUAUGGUGCACUACUUUUGACCAGGAUAUUGUUUAUUAGGAUGUAUUUUAGCCCACCAAAGGGCUAGUCUUCUAAAAGUCCCUGGAAGCUUCUUCAGAACAUGAUAUUGUAACGACCUUAACCCAACACCUAGUGACCUCGUGAACAGGUUCGGAUCUCUUGGCGUAACGGCUAAGGCGUUGGAUUGACAGUUAAAUCAAAUCAAAUCACAUUUUAUUUGUCACAUACACAUGUUUAGCAGAUGUAAUUGCGGGUGUAGCGAAAUGCUUGUGCUUCUAGCUCCGACAGUGCAGUAAUAUGUAACAAGUAAUAUCUAACCAUUUAACAACAUAUACCCAAUACACACAAAUCUAAGUAAGGAAUGGAAUUUAAGAAUACAUAUAUGGACAAGCAAUGACAGAGCGGCAUGGACUAAGAUACAGUAGAAUAUUAUAGGAUACAGUAUAUACAUAUGAGAUGAGUAAUGCAAGAUAUGUAAACAUUAUUAAAGUGACUAGUGUUCCAUUUCUUAAAGUGGCCAGUGAUUUUAAUAGGCAGCAGCAGCCGCUAAUGUGCUAGUGAUGGCUAUUUAACAGUCUGAUGGCCUUGAGAUAGAAGCUGUUUUUCAUUCUCUCGGUCCCAGCUUUGAUGCAACUGUACUGACCUCGCCUUCUGGAUUAUAGCAGGGGUGAGCAGGCAGUGGCUCGGGUGGUUGAUGUCCUUGAUUAUCUUUUUGGCUUUCCUGUGACAUCGGGUGCUGUAGGUGUCCUGGAGGGCAGAUAAUUUUCCCCCGGUAAUGCGUUCGGCAGACCGCACCACCCUCUGGAGAGCCCUGCGGUUGCGGGCGGUGCAGUUGCCGUACCAGGUGGUGAUACAGCCCGACAGGAUGCUCUCAAUUGUGCAUCUGUAAAAGUUUGUGAGGGUUUCAGGUGCCAAGCCAAAUUUCUUCAGCCUGUUGCACCUUCUUCACCACACUGUCUGCGUUGGUGGACCAUUUCAGUUUGUCAGUGAUGUGUACGCCAAGGAACUUGAAGCUUUCCACCUUCUCCACUGCGGUCCCGUCGAUGUGGAUACGGGGGUGCACCCUCUGCUGUUUCCUGAAGUCCACGAUCAUCUCCUUUGUUUUGUUGACGUUGAGUGAGAGGUUAUUUUCCUGGCACCACACUCCCAGAGCCCUCACCUCCUCCCUGUAGGCUGUCUCGUCAUUGUUGGUAAUCAAGCCUACUACUGUUGUGUCGUCUACAAACUUGAUGAUUGAGUUGGAGGCGUGCUUGGCCACGCAGUCAUGGGUGAACAGGUAGUACAGCAAGGGGCUGAGCACGCACCCUUGUGGGGCCCCAGUGUUGAGGAUCAGCAAAGUGGAGAUGUUGUUUCCUACCUUCACCACCUGGGGGCGGCCUGUUAGGAAGUCCAGGACCCAGUUGCACAGGCGGGGUUCAGACCCAGCGCCUCGAACUUAAUGAUGAGCUUGGAGGGUACGAUGGUGUUGAAUGCUGAGCUAUAGUCAAUUAACAGCAUUCUUACAUAGGUAUUGCUCUUGUCCAGAUGGGAUAGGGCAGUGUGCAGUGUGAUGGCGAUUGCAUCGUCUGUGGAUCUAUUGGGGCGGUAAGCAAAUUGAAGUGGUUCUAGGGUGACAGGUAAGGUGGAGGUGAUAUGAUCUCUGACUAGUCUCUCAAAGCACUUCAUGAUGAUAGAGGUGAGUGCUACGGGGCGAUAGACAUUUAGUUCAGUUACCUUUGCUUUCUUGGGUACAGGAACAAUGGUGGCCAUCUUGAAGCAUGUGGUCAGGGCUACCCUCGAAUUGCUACAAUAUAGGAGAGUCAACAAGAACAUAGCCACCAAAAUCUCUCCUUGACACAAACAGAGUAAUGUACAGUACAUGGCUAGCUCUAACACACAAUUCAUAUGGUCAGGAAUUGGCUAAGUUUACAAUGUAAAAUAAUGCGGAAACUAAUAGUUUCAUUAUGGCCUGUUUAAACUUUUGACCUGUUACAGUGCUGUUCAACAUUGAAAAGGUUAGGACAACAUGACACCUAUACUAGUCAAUGGCAGUGUUAGAAGGAAGGUUAUCUCUCUAAUGGCUCAUUAUCUAGCUUUACAACUGUCUAUGUAAAUAGUGGCUCGUAUUGGUCUAUAGCUCUCUCAACCAGUGUGUGUGUGUGUGUGCGUGUGACAACUGAUAAGAGAUAACGGGACAAUAAAGCCAAGGCUGUAUCUCAAAUGGCACCCUAUUAUGCACCACAGUAUCGAAUACACACAUCAAAUAUUGAAUAUGUUAUUAAUACAUACCUUGGCUGCUAUUCAAAUGUUAUUAUUAAUGAUUAGGCCUAUUUCUUGUUAAAAAAAAGAAAUAAGAUAAUUUGGUGAUGUUUUGUAACUGUAGGUUGUUCUGUAUGGGGCGAAUCCCAACCUCCAAUUUCAAGUCUUUCACUUAGCCUCUCAUUUACAUAAAUUGAAAUUCAACUGAAUUUAGGAUUCGCCCCUAUGAAUGCAAAGUUUAAAGUAACUGUCUAGUGAAAAUCUGACUUUGAAAAGUUCAUUUUAGUGAUAAUGUCAGAGAAGCCAGUGUUUGUUGGAUAUAUUGGCAUGGGUGUUGUUAGGCCCGAGACGAAGUCGAGGACCGAUCAAGUUUAUAAAGUGCCUGACUGUUUUGAUGAUACAGUGGAUUGCACAGUCAGAUGGAACAGUGUAAAUAGGCAUUUUAACGUCAUAGAUUUAGCUGGUGGUAAUUUGUGGAAUAGACACCGGCUGGAAUGCGGUUUUAACCAAUCAGCAUUUAGGAUUAGACCCACUGUUGUGUAAAUUCUGUUAACUCAUACCCAAGUAAUGUUGUUGACUCAUAUUUGUGGCCAAAGCAUAAAUUGGAGAAAAAAACACUUCAGACUGUUUAAAAAAUGCUUGCUAUUUCCUCAUAUAGGAUGAUGUCAUUCUCCUAAUAUUUUUCAUGACAGAUGCACACAUCAUUAUGUUGUUGGGGUACGCCCACACCAUUCCAACACAGAACAGCUGCUUUUUAACAAACGUAAUUACAAUAUUUUGGAAGGAAAACAAUUUCACUCAUAUUGCAAUUAAUUAUUGGUCAUAUUUCAUAGAAAUCUGGAGAAACACUGGACCGUUACUUAAAUCCUCUUUCUCCCCUGUGUAGAAUCCCAAAUCUGUUGACUUGGAUGAAUAACCUGCAGAAGAACCUUCACAACCUUCCUACAGCCAACUACAGUGCAGAGAAGGGUCAAAUGGAUAUGUGUGUUACAGGAGGGCUUCUGCAAGGUAUGACUAUCAGUAAUGAUCCUGUGAUCUCAUGAUCUUGUUCUAUUCUCACCCUCUCCUCUUCUAUAUGCAACAAUUUCAACGAUUUUACUCAGUUACAGUUCAUAUAAGGAAAUCAGUCAAUUGAAAUAAAUUCAUUAGGCCCUAAUCUAUGGAUUCUAUGCAUAGGUCCACCCACUAGGGAGCCAGGCCCAGCCAAUCAGAAUUAUCUUUUCCCCACAAACGUUUCAUCAGCUGUCCGGGUGGAUGGUCUCAGAUGAUCGCAGGUGUAGAAGCCGGAUCUGGAGGUCCUGGGCUGGCGUGGUUACACGUGAUCUGUGGUUGUGAGGCCGGUUGGACGUACUGCCAAAUUCUCUAAAACGAUGUUCGAAGCGGCUUAUGGUAGUGAAAUUAACAUUCAGUUAUCUGACAACAGCUCUGGUGGACAUUCCUCCAGUCAGUAUGCCAAUUGCACGCUCCCUCAAAACUUGAGACAUCUGUGGCAUUGUGUUGUGUGACAAAACAGCACAUUUUAGAGUGGCCUUUUAUUGUCCCCAGCACAAGGUGCACCUGUGUAAUGAUCAUGCUGUUUAAUCAGCUUCUUGAUAUGUCACACCUGUCAGGUGGAUGGAUUAUCUUGGCAAAUGAGAAAUGCUCACUAACAGGGAUGUAAACAAAUUUUGGCCACAACAUUUGGGACAUUUCUGGGAUCUUUUAUUUCAGCUCAUGAAACAUGGGACCAACACUUUACAUGCUGCGUUUAUAUUUUUGUUCAGUAUACUUUUCUCUAUGUUGAAGGGAAUGUUUUGAGUAAUAAUUUUUUCUAAUUUUUUUGGUAGGUGUUUGAAAUGCUUGUCAAUCCUGGAGACAACGUUCUACUCCACGCACCCUACCUACUCUGGAACUCUCGCUGCAGUAAGAAGCCCUUUUCUCACUCACUCACUCACUCACUCACUCCCCCAUCCCUAGCUCCAGCCGCUGGGGUGUAACCUCAUCAACGUGCCCAGUGACCAGCACGGUAUGAUCCCGGGGGGCCUGAAGGAGGUGCUGUCCCGCUGGGAUCCGGCAGACGUCCACAAGCCACACAGCCCCGCACCCAGGGUCCUCUACACCAUCCCCAACGGAGGAAACCCCACCAGGGCCUCCAUGACCACCCAGAGGAAGAGGGAGAUCUACGAGGUCAGUCCACUCCCAUACACUCUCAGAAAAAAAGAGUGCUAUGUAAUACCAUGUGUCCCUGUAGGAGAACCCCCUGAAAAUAGGCUCCAGAUAGAACCUUUUUCAGGUUAGAUAGAACCCUUUUGUGUUCUAAAUAGAACCUGGGUUUCAAAUAUAACCUAUUAAAGGGUGCUAUUUGUAACCAGAAAGAGUUGUAUUUCAUCUUAAAUGAUUCAAUCUGGAGCCUUUUUUCAGAGGGUUCCCCUACAGGGACAAAUGGUGCCACAUAUCACUUUUGUUCUGAGAGUAUAGGCCCUGUUCAAAGACUUGAAAAUGCAUCCUUCCUUUCUACUGUUCUUCCUUGAAGUAAUCACAGAUUUGAAUUGGUUGAAU